AGACGACGAACUCAAACCAUGUAUAAAACAAUAACAAACGAUUCGGAUCAACGGAUGACAAUACAUUUGCUUUGAGUUGGCGCGGAGAGCUUUCAAAUAAAUAGGACGUCAAAAAUUCUGUGUAUUUAAAUCAUAUGAAAUGACAGAUCAAAGUUCAAUAGAGUUAACUAUUUAUGUCCUUACAUGGACAGGAUCGGUGCUCUACUCCAUGUAUCAGUUUCAUUUAGCCAGUGACAGAUUUUCCCAAUAUCUUGCAGAAGAUCUGGUCUCUGGCUGGAAAUGGAUUGGUCGUCAGGUAGAUACAGCUGACUUCGAAUGGAAAAUGUGGACUCCCAUUUUUUUUAAGUGGUUAAAAUUUGUCAUCCCAUACCUAAUCAUUAGUUUGACAAUCAAAAGAAAGUAUCCACAAUCAGUAUCUAUAAUAAGUACAGCCAUGUCUUUUUGUUGGCUAUGGAGCAUGCUUGGACUGCAACUAACAGUCUUCAUGUUUAUCCAACCAGUGCUAUUCCUAUGGAUUUUAAAAUUCUUUUCAUUAGCUUUUGUUUGGCUUGUCUGUAUAAGCUUUACACUUACAUUGCACUCUUCUUUAUUCUCAGAGCUCAAAACAGAUCUAUUUGAAGAUAAUUCCACUCAAGAGUAUUUAUUCUCGGUAAUUCUGGCAUGGACUCAUGCUCGUUCAAUCAGUUAUUUGGUUGAUAGUCGCUCCGAUGCUUACAAAAAUAGAUUUGUGAAGUUUUACCACUAUUGCUUCUAUCUCCCCUUAUUGCCAACGGGGCCGUUAAUGCUUUAUCGGGAAUUUAAAACAUCUCUAGAAAAUCCUGUGAGUCAGAAUUGUAGUUUAAUUCACGUAACUAGGAGCAUAGCACUCAUCGCGCGCUACCUCUUUUGGUGGUUCUUUCACCAGUUUGCCUUACAUUAUUUUUAUCAUAGCGCGUUGCAGUAUCACAUUGGAAUUGUUCGGCACUUAGAUAUUUGGUCGGCUGCAGGACUCGGUUACACGCUUGGGCAGUUUUUCAUGACCAAAUAUUUGGUUUUGUACGGAUUGCCAUCUUCGUUGGCGAAAUUGGAUCAUAUUGAUUCACCUCCUCCUCCCAAAUGUGUAGGACGAAUUCAUCUCUAUUCUCAAAUGUGGCGCGAUUUUGAUCGAGGACUGUACAAUUUCAUGCUGCAUUACAUCUACAUUCCAUUCAAAGGGACUUCAGACAAAGUCUGGGCGAAGUUGAUGGGAACGGCUUUAUGUUUCGGUUUUGUCUGUAUAUGGCAUGGAGCUUCAACUGCAGUGGUGAUUUGGUGUGUGUCAAAUUACUUUGGCAUUUGUCUGGAAACAAUGGCCAAAUAUUCCUCUACUUGCUGGCCUAUUGCAAAUUGGAAAGCAAACUGGUCCACGCCCAAUUGGCUACGUUUCCAAGCAGCUGUAGCUUCACCACUUCUCCUCGUGUCAGCACUUUCCAAUUUUUGUUUCUUUACGGAUGCCAAAGUUGGCUACGUCUUGACCCAAAAAGCUGUUUACGAAGGCGGAAUCUUGAGGCUACUGUGUAUUGUAAUGGUCAUGUAUUGCUGCUGUCACGUCUCCAUGGCUCUAAGUCGUCGCAGUAAAAAGAAUCUCAUUUUUCAAGCACAUCGAGACUAAUUUCAGGUCAAUGAAUUUAGAAAAAAAAGUGCAAUUAGUUAUUUUUGCCAGUAAAUUUGUUAUUGAUUUUUCGUUGAUUUCCUUCACUUCUCCUAAUUUUCAUUCUCGUGCGGUAACCAUUUGAAUGAAUAAAUUAAGAAAAACUGCGGAUGGAAAGCACUAUCUAACCCGUUCCGUGAUAGUGAUAACCAGAAAUAAAAUUCAAAAUUGAA